AUGGCGAACGAAGCAACCCUCCGCCGCUCCCUCUUCGAAAACACCGGCGGCUCGUAUCCAGAACUAAUAACACGGGGCGACAUCAAGCUCUUCCUCCCCCCCAUAGGCGGCCUAACUGUCUACUGCUUCGGCGACCCAGCUAAGAUGUCCGACCCCAGCGCUCGACUGGCCCUGCGCGUCCACGACGAAUGCAACGGCAGCGACGUCUUCGGGUCCGAUAUCUGCACCUGUCGGCCCUAUUUAAUAUUUGGGAUUGAGGAGGCGGUGAAGGAGGCGCAGCGGGGCGGGAGCGGGGUUGUGAUUUAUUUUAGGAAGGAAGGGAGGGCGUUGGGGGAGGUUACAAAGUAUUUGGUUUAUAAUGCGCGGAAGCGGGGAUCUGAUCGCGCGAGCGAAUACUUCAAACGAACCGAGAAUAUCGCAGGCGUUAAGGACAUGCGUUUCCAAGCUCUAAUGCCAGAUAUCCUCCACUGGCUCGGCAUCACCAAAAUCGACCGAAUGCUAAGCAUGUCAAACAUGAAACACGACGCGAUUGUUGAGCAAGGCAUCCCCAUCCUCGAGCGGGUGCCUAUCCCUGAUGAACUGAUACCGGAAGAUAGCCGGGUGGAGAUCGAUGCGAAGAUACAUGCCGGUUACUUUACCACGGGCAAAGUCAUGAGUAUGGAAGAGCUUUCUCAGGUGCAGGGGCGGGCGUGGGAGGAUGUUGAUGGGGAGGAAGGUCUAGGUCUAGGUCCGGUCCGGAUGUCGUGCAGAGGUGGUGUGGAAGGCAUGAACCGUUCGCAGGAACAGAAGAUCCCUCUAUGGCUAGCGGCCCAGGGCUCGCUUAGCGGGAAAUUUGUGUGGGAUUUUCCUUAUUCAACAUCAAACAAAGAGCCAGACGUUUGUCGAAGAUCUGUGCUUGUCGCUAUCUCCAACAUCUCGACAACCCGACCCCUCAACCCCCUGGCUCCAUUCAAGGCCCCGGAUGCGAUAAUCUGA